CAGACCUUAGUCUCAUGUUUCAACAAAGAUGGCUACCAGCAAGCGAGUGUUGUACGUAGGCGGCCUGGCUGAGGAAGUGGAUGAGAAGGUUUUGCAUGCAGCGUUUAUCCCGUUUGGAGACAUCACAGACAUUCAGAUCCCCCUGGACUAUGCAACUGAAAAGCACCGAGGGUUUGCCUUCAUCGAAUUUGAGCUGGCAGAGGAUGCUGCUGCAGCUAUUGAUAAUAUGAACGAGUCCGAGCUGUUUGGACGAACAGUUCGAGUCAACAUCGCUAAGCCCAUGAGACUCAAAGAAGGGUCUUCAAGGCCAGUGUGGUCAGAUGAUGACUGGCUGAAAAAGUUUUCUGGAAAAACGAUGGAGGAAGCUGAGGCGGAGGCUACUGCUGGAGAGACUGUGAAAACUGCUGCACCUGAGGGGGAGCCACCGGCUAAAAAGGGUCGAGUUAAUCCACAAGUUUACAUGGACAUCAAGAUUGGCAACAAACCUGCAGGCAGACUACGCUUCCUCCUCCGAGCCGACAUUGUUCCUAUGACCGCAGAGAACUUCCGCUGCUUGUGCACACACGAAAAGGGCUAUGGCUACAAAGGCAGCAGCUUCCAUCGUAUCAUCCCUCAGUUCAUGUGUCAAGGAGGCGACUUCACCAAUCACAACGGCACCGGUGGCAAGUCAAUUUAUGGACGCAAGUUUGAUGACGAGAACUUUGUGCUCAAACACACGGCCCCAGGUCAGCUCUCAAUGGCUAACUCGGGUCCGAAUAGCAAUGGCUCUCAGUUCUUCAUCACCACGGACAAAACCGACUGGCUGGAUGGCAAGCAUGUGGUGUUUGGAGAUCUGGUGGAGGGGAUGGAUGUGCUUCGUGCCAUGGAGGCUCAGGGGGCUAAAGACGGAAAGCCUAAGCAGAAAGUCAUCAUCUCGAACUGUGGAGAAUUAGUGUGAUUGUGAUUUAAAUAAAAAGUGUAAAUACUUUGAUUAAACACAGUUUUAUACAAAAAUAGAUUGUU